AUGAUUAUAGAUGAGCAAGAUGACGACACUAAUCAAUUUCAUAAAUUAGAAAAUAAUAAAAUCAUUGCCAUACUUAAAGUGCCGAUCAACAGCUCUGAUAAUAUUGAUGAAUAUAAAAAGUUUAUGAAGAUUGUACAAAAUAGUAUUCUCGAAGAUUCUAUGCUUAAACAAGAAGAUAUUAUCGAGGGAAAAAAGCAAUAUAGAGAGGGGCUCUUGAUUUAUGACAAACAAGACAAGAUUUUUUAUGUUUUUGAUAAAAAAACAGGCGAAAAAUUUGGUACUUUUGGUUCUUGGAUAAAAUUUCUUAAAGUUAGAAAAAUAUUUAGUGGUGAACGAUCGGCACUUGCUACAAUUUUUUUUGAACCAAACUCUUCUGGUUCCAAUUUAGCUUCGUUGUUAAGAACAGAGCAAAGUUCAUAUUGGAAAAAUUGUGAUUCGAUCAAUAUUGCAGAAGUUACAUCAUUAAUAAAGACAGAGUUUUUUGGUGUAGGGAUAAGAGACAUUAUUAAUGGGAUUGGCGUUACAUUUUUUGGAAAAGAACAGAAAAUAGAAAAGUAUUUAAUUAUUAAAUGGCAAAAAAACUUAAUCUCUUAUGAGUUAUACGUCUUGAAAAAAAGUGUCAAAGAAAUAAAUGGAAUAGAAACAGGAAUUACAAGUGAAAGAACCAUUUCGGAGAUAAGUAGGAUAAUUCAUUAUAUAUCUAUGACGAAAAUAUGCACAGGACAAAAGACUGAAGGAUUCGAAAAAGUGGUUCAACUUCGCGGAAUUCAUCUUGUGAGGAAUCAAAAAAAUUCUAAUAAUAUUCACGAACCAUUUGCUAUCCUGGAGAACCAAAAUCAACCUCAAGAAGCCUAUAGGAGAAUAGACUGUCAUUUGUUAGUAACUGAAACAAAUGUGUGCAAAAAUUGUCAAAAAUUGAAGGAUACGCUAAUAAAAAUCAAAAAUCGAAAUUUUAUGGAUACUUUACAUUUCAAGUCUGCUCAUGCUUCUCAAGAAGUUCUGUCUAAAAAAAUUCAAAUUCAAAGAAAGAAAAUUACAAGUCAGGAACAAAAAAUACGUAAUUUACAACUUCAGCUUCAACAAAAGGUAGAAGAGGAGGAAGAAGUAGUAUCAGAAGAGCUAGGUCAAAUAGCCAAAAAAGUAGCUCGUGAUGUUAGAGAAAAGAAAGUUGAUCUUUCUUCCUUUAAUCCGAUGUUUCAAGAACUAAUUAGAAUCCAAAGUGGAAAAGUAAAUGGAGUGAGAUAUCAUCCAAUGUUUUUGCGAUGGGCUAUUUCUGUGUAUAGUCGGGCAGGCAAUACUGCUUAUGAAGCGAUGAAAGGUAUUAUGCGAUUACCUUCAGUAUCUACAAUAAAAAAUUAUAUAAAUGAAAGCCAACAAUGCUCAGGAUGGCAGAUUAAAACUGCAUACCAUAUACUAGAAAAGAUGGCUGUAGAAAAUAUUGGUAACCAUGGUCGAAUUGGAUUUUUUUCUCACGACUCUUUUAAAAUUCAAAAAGGUUUACUUUGGAGUCAGCGGGAUAAUCGUUAUGUUGGAUACUUGGAUUUUGAAAAUGAGAAAGAAGAAUUACAAUCAUUUAUAAUACAAUGUGAAAAAGAGCUGCAAGGGGAAAACACAAGCAACUUACCUAAUUUGAAAGAUAAUAACCGAGAUUUAGCAACACAAGUGCAUCAAAUUAUUUGGCAUUCAGCUACUUAUAACUUUGCAUACCCUAUAGCAUAUUAUGGAAUUAAUACUCUUGAUGCACACGAAAUUAAUAAAAUACUUUUUCAACUUGCGGCAAAUCUUGAAUGUAUUGGCAUUCAUACUUAUGGAUCUGUUUGUGAUGGUGCUGGAGAAAAUAGGAAUCACAUCAAAAGUUUUGACUGGUGGGCUUUUUCAUGGUCUUUAGGGGAUAUUGUUGAAGUUGAUAUUGGAAAAAAUAAUUAUGAACGUGCUAAAAUUAUAGCAACAAGUCUUGAUCGUAGCAAAUUUACAGUACAAUUAUUAGAUUCAUCCAUUUCUAGUGAACUUCAAGAAUUUGUACAUUAUUCAUGUCUAUACCGGCAAAUAUUUCAUAGAAAAAAGCCCUUAAAAGGUCUUGCAGAUUCUCGUCUCCAAACCUUAAAAAAAAUUUAUGAUUGGUUUGUAAUUAGAGAUCAUCAAAAAAUCAGUGCAAUAAAUUGGAUUUCAUCACAGUGCCAGUUUGAUUUACUUUUAUCUAUCCAAGGUUUUUUAGGAAUGACAAAAGAGAUUUUCACCUUGCAUCCAAAUUCAACUAUUGAACCACGCCGAGUAUCAAAAGAUAUGUUAAAAGGACUAUUUGGAACAAUUCGACAGCUUGGAGGUGAUUCAUCAACACAGAAAUUAAAAGGAUACGGACAUGCAUUAAAUAAAUUUCAGAUGUGUAUAAGAGACAGGAAUAAUAGUAUGCAUUCUACUUUAUUAAGUAGUACUACACAAUUAUCCAAUAUGCCACCUUUUGUACAAAAAAUUUUUAAAGCUCUUCUUUUAGAUGAUCUGUUUAUGGGAAGAAUUGAAAUUCAGACAUUAUCUUUCAGUGAAGAUAUUAAUCAAUUAAAUCAAAAGGUCUCAUUUUUCCAAAAAGAGCGCCAGCAGUUCUUUAAUUCAUGUCUCUAUAAUAAUAGAAUUUUUUCUUUAUUAGAAAAAUGGAACGAUAAUAUUAAAAAUAUUGUUUUAAAAUUAAUUCCUAAAAAAAAGGGAAAACUUUGGUCACCUACAUGGAUUACUCAACUGGAAGUUAGUUUGAAUAAUUAUUUGUGUUCCGGCAUUUGGUUUUUGGAAUUUCAAGAGGUUAUUGUACAAAAUCAUUCUACUACAACAACAUAA